AACUCCGGGAAAACGUCAGCGGCCCGCUCCAAAUCCGGAACGAGGCAUCCGAAGAGGGUCAUGGCUUAAGGCAACGAAACUGCACAUCAGAGGAAAUCAUUCAAACACCACCUGAUCUUCACAAACAUUGGCAUAAUGCACUACAGAUAAGUUAUUGACUGCUGACUGAUGUCUUCAACAUCCGGGAAUUUUGACUGCAUAUCUUUAGGAGAAGAAUCCUUCGGCAAUGAAUGUCAGGGCAUGUAGUGUGAGCCACCAGACAACAUGCAUUCCUCACAGGCCUGGGAUGGUAAAUGCGCAGCAGAACCCAUCUAUUAAACUGCAUAUAGAAGUUCCUUCUGCUUCUUCUAAUAGUAGCAUCCCGUGCCCUGCUAUUGGAAAUCUGUCGACCCCCUCACAUUUAAAGACAUCUCUUGGAGGAGGUGUGGCUCAUCAGAGUAAUGCCAUUGACUGUAAUAUUCACCUUCCUGCUUUAAGUCCGAAGAGACAAAUGGCUACAAAUGGAAAGUCUUUAUUCCAUGUCCCGCAGCAUCCAGGAGUAACAACUCCACAGUUUUUGAAGCCAAAGGAGCAAGAAUUUGGAAAUAAAUAUACUGCAAGCACAGUAAAAGGAGCGUUUGUCUACGGAUCUCAGUGCAAGUCCAUUGGAAAAAACAGCUGCAACAAUUUGAUAAUCACCAGCAAUCCAAUGGUGGUUCAGAGACUGGGACCUCUAUCUCCUUCGACUCAACAGGUCUCGACAGCAUGCAGCCAAAUCAGCCCUAGUUUACAGAGGGCUAUGAACAUGUCAAAUCCAGAUACACCAUCUGAUACAAGAUCCCUCAUAUCACGAGAAUCUUUGGCAUCCACAACCUUGAGCCUUUCAGAAAGCCAGUCAAUACAGAGCGUCAAACAAGAGUGGUUUCAUGGUUAUAGAAUUUAUCCUUCUCUUCCCUCCAACCCGGGUUCACAAAACAGCAGUCAGUUCGGUGAUGUCACAAAUGCCACACCUGGGAUAUCUGUGUCCAACAACUUUUCUACUUCAUUGCCAUCUUACUUGCUCAGUAUGGAAAACAACCAUCCCCCUUAUUCUAGCCCUCACCAUUCCUCAGCCAGAUCUCAUUCUGCGAAAAAGAGAGCACUGUCCCUGUCUCCUUUGUCUGAUGGCAUCGGGAUUGACUUCAAUACGAUCAUCCGCACUUCCCCCACUUCCCUAGUUGCAUAUAUAAAUGGUUCAAGAACAUCUCCAUGCAACAUCUCUCCUCAACCUGAAGUUUAUGGGCAUUUCUUAGGAAUAAAAGGAAGCUGCAUUCCCCAGACUUGCUCUGUACCAAAUCCUCAAAAAAGGCUUCUUAUGGCUAAUUGCAAUGCUACCCCUCCAGACGACAGUGAAAAUGGAAACGGUGAAUACCAGCGCAUGCAACAGUUGGAGCAAAGCAGUCUACAGCCGUUGAUCACAAAUAAUAUGAUGGUUCAACAAGGUACAUGUCUAGUAGACAGCCAGCCUAUGGGCCUUGUGAAGGGCGGACAGGGGGAUAUUUUUUCUGGAAAUGCAAAUAGCAUUCCCUCUGCUUCUUCACUGGCUCCCCCCGUGCUUCCUCCUCCCCCUGGUCCACCGCCUCCCUAUCACGCACAUCAGCAUGCACUCAUCAACCAUCCCCGGCCACUUUCCUUGCCUGCAUCUAUCCAGAACUACUUUUUAGAUGAAGACAGUGAACUCGAUGAUUUCAGUGGCAAACACUGCUGCCGUUGGAUAGACUGCAGUGCUACCUACGAUCAGCAAGAAGAACUGGUGCGACAUAUAGAAAAAAUUCACAUUGACCAGAGGAAAGGGGAAGAUUUCACUUGUUUCUGGGCUGGGUGCCCUCGAAGAUACAAACCAUUUAACGCCCGUUACAAAUUGCUUAUUCAUAUGAGAGUGCAUUCGGGGGAGAAGCCAAACAAAUGUACGUUUGAUGGCUGCAAGAAGGCCUUUUCUAGACUAGAAAACCUGAAGAUUCAUUUAAGGAGCCACACUGGAGAAAAACCUUACCUUUGCCAGCAUCAAGGCUGUCAUAAAGCAUUCAGUAAUUCCAGCGAUCGAGCCAAGCAUCAGAGGACGCACCUGGACACUAAACCUUAUGCUUGUCAGAUUCCUGGCUGUACCAAACGAUAUACAGAUCCAAGUUCUCUAAGAAAACAUGUAAAGGCCCAUUCUUCUAAAGAUUUGCAAGCCAGAAAAAAGCUGCGUGCCACUACAGAACUUGACCAAGACAUUCUCAAUGACUGCCUGACUAUCCAGCCCAUUCAGGUCCCUUCAUCUCCCCAUGAUGUUUCUGCCAGCACUGUCCAACAAUCACCGGGACAUGUCCAUGACCUUUAUCCAGCUACCAUGUUCUCCAGCACUCAUUCAAAUCCAAGUGCAACUGCUGUGGGCAAUGAACCCCCCUCGCAUGCUGUGAGCCUCUCUUCACCAAGGCACAGUAUUCAUGAGAGCCCUCACAACCCAUCAACCGCGGAUCCAGGAACAGAGAGCCCUGGGAGAAUUCUUCCCACUCCUUUCAUGCAGAAAAGAACAUCACAGCCUUCAACCACCCAGCAAUUUGGAGAAGCGCAUUUGAAGACGAAUGGUUCGUUGAGCAAUCCUCCUUUCCAGCCAAACAGCAUCCAAAUCCAAGGUGUUUAUGGGCAACUACAGACUUUCUGCUCCCCUCAUUAUACUGACAAUCAGAGAAAUAUACAACACAUUGGAGCUUGUAAUAUGGUCCCUCCUUUUGAAGAUUGUUUGGUACCGACAUCUAUGGGUCAGGCGGGUUUUGAUGUUUUCCAUAAAGCAUUUUCAGCACAUUCUGGUAUUACAGUGUAUGAUUUCCCAAUGGCCUUUGGUGACUCAUUGCGCAGUGGGAUGGAAGAUGCAAGUUUCCUCCAUAUAAAUGCUGUGGAUCGUUGUCCUAGUCAACUGUCUUCACUUUAUAUGGAAGGCUGAGGAUGCAUAGCUUUGCAUAUCAUCUCAACCCUUCAGCCUAUUACAGAUCGUCUUCCGUUGGUCUCUGAAAUGACUUGCUCAAGAAAUAAAGAAAAACAUCCCCAGAAAGAUUCACAGCUGCAGCUAAUACAAGGUGUUGCAAGAUGUUGGUUAACAUGUAUUUGCCAAAUGUGAGCAAUUGCUUUUAAUUUGGCCUUUUCUGUUGCAUAACCAUUUCCAAAAGAAAAUGAUUACUGCACUGCUUAGUAUAAUUUUAAAUGAAUUGUUGGAAUUUUUAAAACUCUCUUGGAGUAAUUCUAAAAACGGUCGACGAUAAACUUCUCCCCAAAGCAGAUUUCUAAAAUAAAGAACCUGUCUUGCAGUGCUUUGAAAUCUGAGCACGUAAUCUCACAGGAUGGAGAGUGAAAAGGGAAUGUAUUUUUUGUGACAUGAUGUUGGCGACAGCAAUACAAUUUGAGCUUCUUUUCAGCAUCCAGUAUUAACCGUUAGCUUAAAGAGAUGUGUUGGCGAUUUUUUUUUUUUAGCCAUGCUCACCUGAAGAGAAUUUAUUCUACUGGAUUUAUAUGCAUUAUAAUUUAAUGUUUAUGUUUUAUGUGAUGAUGGAUUCUCCAUAGAAAAUUUUAAAAUGCAGAUGUACAGAUUUAGAAUAGAUAUUCUCCAUUAAUGCUAGCAGAUCAUUAAUGUCAUUUUGAUAACUUUCACAAUGUUUGAUAUGCAUGUGAGAAAGAUAAGAGCAGUGAUCUGAAUUAGUGCUGUGUUGCAGGGAGAGGAAAGCCAAUUCUCCCCUCCCUAUCGGUCCUCCCACUGAAACUGAGUUUAUCUUUCCUAUCUGCUAUGCUAAUUGUACCACUCAAGUGGAGAACCAAAUACAGGAAAAGAAAUUGGGAAGAAACUGAGGAUUUCCACUGAAGAAGAGGAGAAGAAUCAAAUAUCUUCUCCCCAUUUUGAAGUUCUAAUCAAAAACAUAUCAACCUAGCAUGUCAUUUCAGAUCUUUGAGGAGGUCACGCAUAGUUAACAUUGAGAAAUUUUGUACAUCUGUGAGAGAUCUUUCGUACUUUAUUCAUCAUGUAUUUUUCCCACAUUAAUAUUGCACAUACUGUAUGCUAGUAUACAAAUCUGAUGGGGGUUUUUCCCUACUUUUUGUCCUCUUUUUGCUAAAAGCAGUUAGCACAUCAGGUAUUAACUCCAUUGCAAAGGCUUUUGUGUUGUUUUUGAAUGGUUAUAAAUAUGUUUAGAAAGUGAAAUGUGGAUUUGCCUUUUAAGGUAUGGUCUUUGUCAUAGAUCCAGAGACAUAUAACUCAAACAGCAACCUUUUUUGUUCAUUGUUUACUUGUGGCUUGUUCAGUCAUACUGUGGCCAACUCAUUUGAAGAAUUUCUCACUAUGCAUUUGUCUUUGGUAAUGACCUGUUAUCACUAAAGAAAAAAAAAUCUACUAUCAUCUAAAUCGGGGUACCCAAUCCCCAGGCCGUGAACCAAUACUGGUCUGUGGCCCCUUAGGAACCGAUCCAUGCAUCUGCACACGUGCGGGAUGUAGGUAGUGCAUGAAACCAUCCUCCCCCUCCCAUGGAAAAUUUGUUUUCCACAGAACUGGUCCCCAUGGUCAAAAAGGUUGAGGACCACUGCUCUAAACUCUUGGAAGAAAUUAAUGAUUCUUUGGAAGCUUGAAAAUAAGCAAAUUUUCUUUUCUGGGCUGGCUGGGAUGGGACUGCCCAUCGGUUCUUCAAAAGCAUUUAUAUCCAUGGUAGGGAAAACUGUACACUGGAGUUAAUAUAAAUGCCACCUUUUUAGUACUGUUUAAUACUAUCAUUACAAAACUUAUUUUUUUAAAAAAUAUUGUGUUUAUUGCCCAUGUUUUGACUGUGCCAUUUCAUAGUAACUUGCUUGUUUUGUAAUUUGUAAAACCAGCACUUUUUAUGUGUAUUUGUAUUUAAAAAUGCAGAUAAAAUCAAAGAAAUGAGUUUUAAAGUUAACAGGUAUUUGAACACAAAGUAAAGUGUCUUGUAUAAUGUUGUUAAUGCAAAGCACUUUGGGAAGAGAAGAAGGUAUAUGCGAAUGUGUUUUCUAUCAAUCUUAGAAUUUUUGUACAUAUUUUUAUAUGCUCCUUUAUAGAGAGUUGAAUUUCUUAUCCCAUGUUGUACAUUUGGCUGAUUUUGCUAUAGUUGGCGUCUAUUUGUUUUAUAUCAUAUUCCCUAAAAAAAAUUAGUGUGACCUUUUCUAUUAAUAUGUAUGUUUUGUGAUUGGUUAUGAUUAAUUUUCAUAUAAUGGUAAGUUAUUUUUUGCCUUGUUUUAUGAAGUCUUUUUUUAAUAUGAAAGGUGAAAUGAAGGGUUUGUGCACAUAAUAAACACAAUAAAAUAAAAC